UAAAGAUUCUGUAAAUUAAAUUAUUGAAGAAUUUUUUCAAGAAAAAAGUAAAUGUCAUUUUAGCUUCUAGCAAUAAUAAAUUUUUCUUCAAUCAAACUCCAAGGCAUUGAACUCCAAGAACUGAUUAUUGAAUUUGAAAAUAAAACAAUAACAUUACAUGUUAUUAAAGUUGACAAACACGAACAUAAAUCUCACAACAGAAGAAGGUUUUUGAUGUGUGUAUAGAAAAGUAUAACAAAAAGAUUUAAGGAUGAGUAUGUCGCGAUGCUACUCGCUUAUGAAGUGUUUGCUGAUUCUCUUCAAUAUUAUAUUUUUGUGCCUGGGCAGCGGCGCGUGCGGGUUCGCGGCGUGGGCGCUGUGGGACGGGCACGGUAACGAGGGCGCGGCGGCACGGGCCGGGCUGCUGGCUGUGGCCGCGUGGGGCGGCGCCCUGGCGCUGGGCGCGCUCGCGGCGUUGGCAGGCGCGGCGCGUGGCUCUGCGCCUCUGCUGGCCGCCGCCUUCUCGCUGCUGGCGCUGACGGCCGUGGCCGAGGCGGCGGCGGGCUGGUGGGGCGCUGCUCACCGCCCGCAGCUGCGCCGCGCGCUGCUGGACUCGCUCGACCACACCGUGCGCCACGAAUACGGCGUGCUACAUACUAGAACACAGUUACUUGAUGUCAUCCAGCAAGGGCUGGAGUGCUGCGGCGCGGAGGGCCCGCGCGACUGGCAGCACUCGGUGUGGGCGCGCGCGCAGGAGGGGGCGCAGGGCGCGGGCGCGGGGGCGGGCGCGGGCGACGCGCUCGACCUGUCGGUGGGCGCGCCGGGCGCCUACUACUGGGUGCCGGAGUCGUGCUGCGCGGGCGCGGGCGCGGCGUGCGCGGCGGCGCGGCGCGUGGCGGCGGCGUCGGGCGGCGGCGCGGGGCUGCACGGCGCGGCGUGCGGCGCGCGCGCGCUGGCGGCGCUGGCGCGGCUGGCGCGCGUGCCGCUGGCGCUGGCGGCGGCGCUGCUGGCGCUGCACGCGCUGGCGCUGCCGCUCACGCUGGCGCUGUGGCUGCGCGCGCACCCGCACCCCUCCUACAAGGCUUAGUGCCCUCCCUGCCU